GGAGUAAACCCUGGAAUUGUACGGUGUUUAUGGAGAGUUUACGGAUCAGAAUGAGAGAUAAAUUUAUUUCUCGUAUGCUGUACAAUGAACACAGAUGAUGUGAAGAUUGCAGGAUCCAAAUUAUCCCUGUUAUUAGGCGUUAAAGAGCACAUAGAAUGCUUGUUUGGGGUGCGUGUGGUCUUGCCACCGAAUCAUGAGAACUUCCUGAUUGGUAGGCCUAACAUCGACAAUGAUGUUUGUGAGGAAUCUUACCGUGCGACAAUUCUUUUGUCGUCAGAGACUUCAUCGGAAAAUGUUCAAAAGGCGAAAAACUAUAUUUCAUCACUGACUUCUGAAGGAGAGGAGAGGGCCACAUUUACGAUUAGUUUAACUGGAUCUCAAUUAACAAUGUUGAUAGAAAAUCGGGACUCGAUAGAGCAGUGUUCCCAGGCCGUACUGGAGCUCGAUCGAGAAACCAAUAUACUUCGUGUCUAUGGAAAAGUAGACAAUGUCAGAUCCGCCGAGUUAAUGAUAAACAUGAUGCUGAAUAAAGGUGUAGUCGAUUCUUCACUGAACCUUAGAAACACAGGGGAGAAAUGCGACGAAAAUGAUGAAAAUGACCAUGUUUUAGCGAAAAAGGAUUCUGAAGAAAAUAGGACACAGUGUACACCAGAAAUGCAGACAUUGCAAGAUUCCACUGAUGAUGAUGAAAAUGUGUAUUGUGAAAAUGUGCAAAUCCUUACGAGUGAAGAUGAUUCGAGUUUGCAAACUGACAGCGAACCAGCAUGUCAUUCCUUUGUGGAUUUUUCUGAUGGUAUCUUAAAACGAGGUUGUGAUUCCGUUCCAACACGUGAUUUAGACGAUGUUAGUGAUUUGACUGUCGAUACGACAAUAUCAAAAGAUGACUUAAAAACGCAAUCAGACGCACACCACAUCGAAAAACAAUUAACGCACCUCAAUUUAUCUAGUCCUCACACCGAACUCAAGAGCUCUUCUGACGAAGAGGUAGAAAAGCUCCACAGUGGUGUAGAAUAUGGCGGGAAGGUGGAGUUUGCCUUAAAGUUGGGCUAUACAGAAAUUCAAUUGAAAACUGUGAUAAAAAAAUUAGGCCAUGAAGCAAGUGAGAAUGAAAUUUUAUUAGAACUUAUAAAAUUGGGAAAAUGUGUAAUUCCGGAUGAGGAAUCUAGACUUGAUCCAUUAGAUAGUGACUUUGGAUUAAAAGCACCUGUGUCUCCACACCACAGCACUCCCGAUCACAUAGGACGGGAAUUGGAGUUCGUCGACAAAUUCAGACCUGUUGUCAUUGACGGCAGCAAUGUGGCCAUGAGUCAUGGAAACAAGGAAGUGUUCUCAUGUCGAGGUAUUGAAUUGGCAGUGGAGUGGUUUCGAAUGCGGGGGCACAAAGAUAUCACAGUGUUUGUGCCACAGUGGCGCAAGGAAACGUCACGACCGGACUCCAAAAUCAGAGAUCAAGAUAUUCUUAUUCAUCUGGAAAAAGAAAAGGUGUUGGUGUUCACGCCGGCCAGACGAAUUGGUGGGAAACGUGUCGUCUGCUACGAUGAUCGUUACAUUCUCAAACUAGCUGCAGAAACAGGAGGCAUUGUGGUUUCCAAUGACAAUUAUAGGGACCUUCUCAACGAGAAUCCAGAGUACAAAAAAGUUGUAGAGGAACGACUUCUCAUGUACUCUUUCGUCAAUGACAGGUUCAUGCCUCCAGAUGAUCCACUUGGUAGACACGGACCUAGUCUGGACAACUUCCUGAGUCGUGAACCAACGGUCCCGCUGUCUUUGCCACCGGUCUGUCCAUACGGCAUUAAGAAGUGUACAUAUGGCAACAAGUGCAAGUUCUACCACCCAGAGCGAGGAAAUAAUCCUCAGAAAUCUGUCACAGAUAUAAUGGCUGAACAGACUAAACAGAAGAUGCAAGAUCUGAUGGAGAGAGGGAGCAAAAACGCGGAAGGCGAUAAAAAGAAAGUGCUCGUCCGAAAGCAGCAAUUGAAGCAAAAGAUGUCUUUGCAGCGAACAAGCUCUCUAGCUCCUGUUGAUCCUGUAGGUAUCGGGUCUCCCCCCGACUUCAGGGACUUGGCCGCGGAUAAUCCACCAGCACAGAAGGUAGAACAGACAAGUCACAGCGCGGAAAAGACUGAAAAAUGGAAAUCGUACGAUGAUAAGCUCACGGGUUAUAGGAAAAAAAUGGAACAAGCAGAACAAGAAGAAAAGCAGAAGCAAGAGGAAAGCGUCUCUUCAGACGCAGAGUCGUCUACUAUGAAGAUGGCACCGACGAGCGAAUCCUUACAUGCGUCAUUAACAACCAGUGACCAAAUCAAUUCCCGGUCGUCUUCGCCGCUACAAAGAGGUAGUCCUACACAACCCAUAAAACCACAAGAACAGUUUCUGAGUGGGCAUCUCCUUUUGGCAAAGAAGCUUUCGGACGAGGCCGCAGACAAAAAAGCACGACAGAAAGUUCCGGAGGAGCGUGACCUCACCAGGACACCUCCCACAGAAUUAAAACAGUCACGUGCUGCUCUACAUCGGUGUAACUCUCCUCUAGCCCAGUACAGUCAGCCACAACCGCAAAACCAAAUUUUGUCGCACCAGAUGUUGUCCGCUGAGCAGCAGCCACAACCUCGUCAUCAAAAACUUAGCCGGCAAAUGUCGUUCCAGGGAGCAACUGAUCCUCGAACGCAUCGCCAUCUACAUCAACAGUUGUCGUAUGACCCACGAUACGCAAGUCAACAGGCGAACCAGAGACGACAGCAACCUAUUCAAGGGAGACAACAAGGAUUUUACGAUGUACGUGGGUCAGAAAAUUUUGGUAAUGUUGGUGCAGGCGCCAUUGACUCUGGAAUGAUGCACCAUAUGCAGAAUAUUCAGCAGGACACCAGAGGAUGUAACGAACCUUUCUUUUCUGGAAUUAGUGGGAGACAUUUAAAUGUUGAGCAUGCUACACUAGCCAGAAUGCAGAGCGCUCCGGAAGUUCCUCAACUUAGGAGUGCAGCUGCAGCUGCACCAAUCGAGAAAAUGGCUCGUCAAAACAGCAUUUCAGACACACAAUUACAUAAUAUAGGUGGGGAUAUGGAACAAACUGACUAUAAUUUUUGCGAAUUCCAAGGUUCAAGAGCAGACUUCCAGCAAGGAGAAGGGUUUUCCUCUAGUUACGUUGCACGCGGCCCCGGAUAUGAAGUUCAUCAACAGCCGGUAUCGCAUCAAUUCAACCGAGGAUAUACCCACGGUGCUCCGACAUAUCCACAUAGUCAGACUUACACACAGCCACAAAAACAUCAUGCUGGAAACACCACUUGGUCUUUCAGCGACAGAGGUUUUGCUCCUGGACAAAUUAAACAACCUGCACUUUUUCCAGGAUUUCUUCGAAAUACACCACACCAGCAAUCUCGUUCGUUUCAAUUGGUGCAGCCUCGGCCUUCCCAAGCCAAGGAACAAGAUCCCAAUUUUCGUACGGGAAUCCUCACAAAACGUGAAGACGACAUCUGGGGACCAUCUGUGGUUUCUUCUACUUCGUCGUCCACAGGGUUCUGUUCUCAAAAUUAUACUCCAGGUGAAAAUCGCUAUGGUGACAUUCCAAGAAGCCAGUCAGGGAUAGCCUCUCAAGUUUCCAAUCAAAACCGAGGCCUCAUUGGCCAAUCUAACCUGCCAGCGAAUAGUCAAAGCGCUUGCCAUAGUCAAUCGGCGGCGGAAACAUCUAGGACGUCUUCGCCAAUGUUUGUCGAGGAUGCACCAAUACCUCAUAGUGACUCCCGUUACAGCGUAUACUUCCACCUUUGUGGACUGUUCCCAGAACAGAAAGUUAGGACUGUCAUGAACCAACACCCAGAUCUGACUGAUGGGCAGGAACUAUGUGCUUACAUCAUCGGGGCGAAAUGAGUGGACAUGUCGACCCAUUAACAGUGCUUUUGUGGGUGCGACUGAAAAGAUUACGCUUUUACACCAGCGAGAGUAACGAGAGAGUGUAGUCAGAUAUUGAAAAUGGUAUGAAAAUCGCUGAACAGUUAUGCGUUGAUUGUGGUAAAUAUCACACAAUGUUACGAACAUCCUUUACUAUAUUGAAGUAGUUAGUCUUUUUCGGACAAUAUUUUGCGGUACGUGAAGAGUUUAUUUUCAAUUAAUUAAGCGCUUUUAGUUUAUUUCUAAUUUUAAGAUUGUAAUUACGAACAUUAUCAAAGGACAUUUACGAUUAACUACAGUUUCAUCUUCUAUAUACAAAUAUAUUUCAGUUAUGUAAUAUUCAAAAGAAUCUUUAAUCAGAAGUCAUUAUAGCCUAGCGAUAGGACAGGAAAACUCAUCCGCCCUACAUCAAUACUCCAUCGAACAUAUUGUUCUCGUUAAGAAACCAGACAAAUCGGUAGGGUAACUGAUGAACAUGUUAUACUUAUGCGAUUAUGUAGCUAUGUAUUGCAUGCUUAGGAGGAAAUAGAAUACGUCUUUAAUUGUUGAAAUACGUUCUUUCACAAUGCUGGAAUCAGUAUUACAAGAGCGACAGUUACAAAAGUAUCAAUGCAAUUUAGGAUGAUCUAUCAGGGGAGACAGAAACUAGUGUAAUGCUUACGUGAAGUUAGGGACAUCAUAUAGAAGACAGGUACGAACAUCAAACUUGGGUAGAACUUCGGGACGUCAUCCAUCAAUAAGAGACAUGGGAGACACACUUGAAGUAUGACCAAGUUGGUCCUUUAAGUAUUACAUGCACUUUUAUAUUUCCUGCAUUUCUUAUAUUAAGAAUUUUAAUUUUCCCUUAAACGCAUUGCUGGCGUCAAAUUGUAUCAUUGUGUUCUCCAUCCAGUACUAUGAAACUAUUAUACAUAGGCAAAUCGUUGUAUCAUGUUUUGUAAACUAGUUUUUCUCAAGCAAGACAUCAGAUAAUGAAGCGUUAUACUAAAUAAUACAGUCCUUUAAAAUUGAUUGUGAUAUAGCACUAUUGGUAGAGUUCGGGUCUUCGGAACCUAGUGGGGACUAUUUGGGUAGCUGAGGCAGCGCGUUUGUCAAAAUAAGGUACAUUGACUGUUGCGUUAGAUUAAUGGAAGUGCCAACGUGCGUUUGAGUUAGUGUUGUGAGAAAGAGUAUGAUGGAAGGUUGUGCCAAAAGAUGAAGAUACGAUUAUAGGGAACGGAAUAUGAUUCUAAGAUUAACUCUAGGGGUAAACAAAACCUUAUCACAUGACUUCCACACCAAAUAAGAUCGUUGUUUUCUAUCAUGUGGUUGUUAUACACAUUACUUCAGCAGUAAGCUGGAGUGAUAUAUUGAUUAAUGUAGUACCACAUGGUACGAGAAUUCUUCUAAAUCUCCUCAACGUUUGACAGCUUUUAAUGUCUGUAGAAAGGUAUGUGAAACGUUGAAGUGAAUCUGAAGAAUUGUAAUAAGGUUUUAAAAUUGAACGUCAUCAAAAGGUUUUGAUACGUCGUCAAAUGUUUGAUACAAAUACAGUGUCAUGUCAAGUCACCAGUUAGGUGAACAGUAAUUAGUACCUCUUUUUGAGGCAAUAUAUUUUUAUGAGUAUCAUACGUGUAUUGUUUUAGGUAUUUGUGUGGAAUAACUAUAAUUCACAUGUUGUAACCGAGCUGUCUGUUCGUCACACACUGUACACAAUGGAUUUUUGUAAAGUGAAAAUUUUUCCUGAUUUUGGUCAAUUUUCUUAUGUGAAAAUAUUCCACAUUAAGGAAAAUCAUUAAACAACCAGUCAUUUUCACUCCACGAACUUGUCCUCUUGGACGGUGAAUCCCCUUUUCUGUACUUUACGGCCCUGGCUGUUGUCUCCUAGACACUGUCUUUGGACGUAACCUUCGGUAUUGUUCUACUGUUGUACUCGAAUAUUCUGCUUAUGGCGAAAUAUUAAAGGGUUGACAAUUAA